AUGCGCAAAGCUUUGAAACGCGCGCGCCGCACCUUAAGGACAUACCGCGACAGCUUCGGGAACAUCGUGCGCGGCUCGCGCGAGAGCCUCGAGCGCCUCGCGCAGCCGGAGGUCAGCGACGAACCUCGAGCGGAGCCGGACACACCACAGCCGCUACCCGUCGUCGCCGAGUCCUUCGACGAGAAAGAUGUGAAGGAGGAGCGGACCUGCUGCCAGCGCCACUUCGGCACCGACGCGCUGCUCGGGAGCUGGUUCCUGGCCGCGGCGUCGCUCCUCUUCGCGCUCUACGGCCUGGCGCUCGUUAUUGAGUCCUGGAAUUCGGACGACGCGACGUGGGUGACCUUCGCGUGGGGCAACCUGGCGUCGGGCGUCAUGUUCAUGGUCGGCUCGUUCUACUUCGUGAGCGUGAGCUACCCGGAGACGAUGGACCGGUGCGCGCGGGAAGCCCUGACCGUCGAUGUUGAUACCUUGUCGUUCGUGGAGAAGCACUUCACGUUCAACGACAUGCUGCUCGCGACGUGGUCGUUCGAGCUCGGGUGCAUCCCGUACCUCGUCGUCGCGGCGGCGUACCUGGCCGAGGGCGGCCACCGGAACACGGUCCUCGGGGCGCUGCUGCUGAGCGCGACGCUCGUGGGCAUGGCCUGCCUCUACGUCUGGGUGCGGUCCGCGAUGCCGCACGAGAUGCAGAAGAACGGGGGCAACGGGUCCUCGGAGUUCUACGAGAUCUUCAUCGAGCCGUGCUGCGGCGACAACGCGUUUCUUAGAAGGCACCUCGGCACGGACCUCCAGGCCGGGGGCUGGCUCUUCUUCGGGCCGACGGCCGUCGCGGCAGGGCUGGCGCUCGCACUCGUCUGCGUCUUCCCGGGGUCGCUAGACGCGUGGAUCGGCUUCGUCCAGAUGGUCCUGCUGGCCGUCGGCGCGGGACUGCUCCUGCGGUCGAUGUACCCGGGCGCGCGCGAGGAGGCGCCGCUGCUCGGCUGAGUAACUAAGUGAAUUGUGAACAUCGGCUCGGAGAUGCGGGCUCGUGUCGACGGCGUGGGGUGAGGUCAUCUGCAUUCCUAAACGCGCGGGAGCCGCGGGUGGCCACCCGGAUGUCACACCCGGCACAGAGCGAGCGAAUUCCUCGCAAAGAGCGCUUCAAUUUGUUGCUGAGAGUGUGGCCAGUUAUAGACGGGUGCACGAACAAGUUGCUAGUGUGUCUAUAGGGACGCUAGCUUAAUAUCGAGUGCUUGCGCACUCGGGGGCGAGGAUCGUGCGCGUGCGUUGGGAGGGCCUUCUGUUGAAGGCAAAGAAAGCUGAGGACUGGCCAAUAACGUAUAGCGAGCCAGCACUCCCCAAGGCUGUGCCGUCCGCGCUGCUAUUGGAGUGACUCUGGGGCACUGAAAAGAACCCGCGGCGCGGCGUAAGGAAAAAAAAUGGACGCCAGCCGCCACGGCCGCGCCCUCGAGCAGGACGCGCGCGUCGCGCGCGUCGAGUUCGCGUGCUACGCGCCGCUCGGCUUCGGCGAGGAGGUCGUCGUCUGCGGCGACGCCCCCGUCCUGGGGAACGGCGACGUGGGCCGCGGCGUGGCGCUGCGGACGUCGGCGGCGACGUACCCCGUCUGGACGACGAGCGAGCCCGUCGCCGUCUUCGCGGGCGUCGUGCGCUACCGCUACGCCGUCUUCUCGGCGGGCGCCUUCGACCGGUGGGAGAGUUUUGAACAGGGGCAGGACCGGCGCGUGGCGUUGGUGGACGCGGGCGCGACGACCAUCCUCUCGGACAAGCUCGAGUGCGCCGGGCUCCGGCCCUGGACGGCGGCGGACGCCGCCGCCUUACGGAACGCGGACACGUCGGCGGCCGCCGUGGCCCGCGCGUCCAUUGAUGACGCCGAGGCGUCGCCGCGGCGGGGCGUGCAGUUCGCCGAGCCGCGCGCGGAGAAGCGGGGGUCGCUCACGGUGGAGGCGCCCUUCGGCUCGCCGCGGCGCCAGCCCACGACGUAUCUGGCGGCGCGCGAGCGGCGCGAGGCGAAACCACAACCAAGGAAGAUGCCCGCGACGCCCGAGAAGCCGUCUCCCAGAAGCUCGAAGUACGACGACGAGCAGCGCGAGGCGCUGGCCAAGUUUUUGGGGGACGAGGCGCCGGGCGCCGGCGCCCUCGCGCCGACGGACGGCGUGGUCGUCGCGUCGUUGUUCCUACCGGUGUUGAUCGCUCGAGAUUCGUCGGGAAAGCUCCAGAUCGCCUGGGACCACGAAAAUUUACUCAGUUUGCAGACGCCGCUCCGCGUGACGCGCGUCGGCAUCGCGCGGACGCCUGAUGAUGCUACAGAAAGAGAAAAGCAGGACGUCGCGAAUCGGCUGCGGCGGCAGCCGUGGUGCGCCAUCGCGAUUUUUUUGGAUGCGGAGACCUUUCGCUUGUUCUACCACUCGUUCUGCAAGGGCAUCCUGUGGCCGGUCUUCCAUAAUUCGGUCGAGGUCUAUGGGGAACAGUCUACACCACUGCUGGAAUUUGACGACGUGUUUCGGGCGCCGGCCGACGGGACGGAGGAUGAUAGGGUCGAGCUGCUGGCGGCGGCGGCGGGCUCGGCUCUGAGAUUAGACCAGGACGUGAAGUCGCGGAGCCGGUCGGGGUCAAGUUUUGACCUGGGGAGCCCCCGCGGAAGUUCGGACGCCUUCUCGGAGACGGGCGAGGCGUCUCCCCGUAGCCCGCCGCCCCGAGAUCUGCCGGCGCGGCCCGCGUCGCCCGCGCAGAAGGGUCGGGUGACGACGAACGACGAACGAGCGUGGCACGCUUAUAAGCGGGCGAACCAGGUGUUUCGGGAUGCGGUGGUCGAGGCGUACAACCAAGGGGAUUUGGUCUGGAUCCACGGCUUCCAAUUACUCCUCUUGCCGGCCUUCGUGUCUAGAAGACUGGCGGCGGCGCGCAUCGGCGUGUUCCUGCACACGCCUUUCCCUUCUUCUGAAAUCUUUCGGACGCUGAGCAUGCGUUCGGAACUACUGCGAGGCGUGCUCGGGGCGGACCGCAUCGGGUUCCAUCUGUUUGAAUACGCGCGGCACUUCGUGACGAACGUCCGGCGAUUACUGGGCAUCAAGAACGCCCACGACCGUCGGGGUGUGGUGUUAGAUGUCGAUGGGAGGGAUGUGAUCAUCACGUGCGUCCACGCGGGCGUCGAGCCCGCCGCGUUAUCGAGGGUCGCGGCGCUGCCCGAGACGGAGCAAGCGCGCCGGGACCUGGCGCGGUCGCUAGGUAUCGGCGAGGUGUCGUGGAACGACGGCACGCAUAUAAUUAUCGCGGGCAUCGACAAGCUGGAGAGACUAAGGGGCCUGCCGCUGAAAUUGCUGGCCUACGAGCGAUACCUGGACGACGCGAAGGGUCGGGGCGAGGCGCCGGACACGAGGUUGGUGCAGUACGCGCUCGCGUCGCCCGAACGGGCGGCCGACGCGGCCAAGGUGCGAAGCGACUGUUUGGCCCUUGUCGAUAGAAUUAGGGACAGGCACGGCGAAGCGUCGGUCGUCUGGCGCGAGGUGCGCGACGUGCCCGUCGAGGAGCGCCUCGCGUUGUUAGGCGCGGCGGACGUCUUCUGGGUGUCUUCCGUGCGUGACGGUCUGAACCGGUGGCCGCUGGAGUACGUGGCAGUGCAGUACGACGCCGUCGUCGCGGGCGGUUUUGAUCAUGCGCCGGAAAACAAAAAGUACUUCGACGCCAUCCUGGAACGCGCGGCGGACUGCUGCGGCGGCGCGGGCUACCCCUGCGGCGACCCCUGCACGGACUUUGUGCCCAAGGGCCCGCACUCGAAGCGCGGCGACGCGGCGGCCGAGCGGCGCGCGCUCGCGGCGGAGGUCUUCCCUGAAAGUGAUGGGGCGUCUCUGCAACGACGCGCCAAGCUCGAGGCGCGGACGCCGGGCACUUUAGUGCUAUCCGACUCGUCGUCAGCGUCGCGCGUGUUGUUGGGCGCGACGGUCGCGAACCCCUGGCGCGUCGACGACGGCGCGACGGCCUUGAGGAGGGCGCUGGACAUGCGGCCGCGGGAACGGUUGGCGCGCCUGGCCAAGGACGCGCGGUUUCUGGGAAGAGCGACGACGGGGAAAUGGGCGUACCGCGUGCUCGCCGAUUUAAAAACGGUGCCUAGAGAUAGGAACCCGCUGCGCGCGACGCACGCGGGUUUGGGGCUGGGCUUCCGGAUCCUGGGCAUGAAGUCGGGCUUCGACGCCUUGCAGGUCGAUCGGGUCGCGCGCGCGUACCGCCAGGCGGGCCAGGACGCGCCGAGCGCGGCGCCGACGGAGAAGGGCGGCUUCUCGGCGACGGGGACGUCUCGGGUCGUCAUCCUAGAUUAUGGCGGCACGCUCGUGCCCGAGGCGACGGCGGUCGGCGCGGUCGCGUCGUACGCGAUCGCGAGCGGCACCAAAAAGACGCCGCGGCCCUCGGACGAGGUGCUGGGGGUCCUGGCGGCGCUCGCGCGGGACCCGCGGAACGUGGUCUUCGUCGUGUCGGGGCGCGAGCGCGUCCAUUUAUUGGAUGGUCUGGCGGGCCCGGGCCUCGCGGACCUGGGCUUGGCGGCGGAGCACGGCUUUUUCGUGCGGUGGCCCCGGGCGCUGCGGGACGUGGGCCCGGGGACGGCGGUGAUGAACACGGCGCUGGCGCGGCGCGGCGGCGCGGGCACGGCGUCGCCCGGCGCGCACGACCGGCCGCCGCCGCCGCCGGCGACGUCGCCCGAGGCGCGGUCGCCGCGCGUCGACGACGGCGACUGGGACCGCGCCGCGCCGCGGCGCGGCGGCUGGCGCGCCCAGGCCCUCACGACGAUGGACAUGUUCGCGCGGCAGACGCAGGGCACCUACGUCGAGCGCCACGAGUCGUGUUUGGUGUGGCAAUAUAGGGACGCGGACCCGGACUUCGGCGAGAUGCAGGCGACGGAGCUCGAGAGCCAACUGCGCCUGGUCCUGGCGCCCUACGGCCAGGUGAGGGUAUUAAGGGGCGCGAAUCCCAGUAGAGGCGGCUACGUCGAGGUCCGGCCCGCGGGCGUCGACAAGGGCGCGCUGCUGAGGCGGGUGCUGCGGGCCCUCGAGGCGGCGGGGCGGCCGGCGGACUUCGCGCUCGUCGUCGGCGACGACGCGAGCGACGAGCCCAUGUUCCGCGAGCUGCGGAAGUGGCAGGGCGACGCGGCGGUCCCGACGGCGACGCGCGCGCGGCGGUCGGCGCGGGCCUUCUCCGUGACCGUGGGCAAGAAGCCGAGCGACGCCGAGUCGUACGUCGACGCGCACGACAACCUCGUGGAACUGCUCGAGGCGCUCGCGCGCGUGUCGAACCGCGGCGCGCGCUACUACUCGUCGCACGACUUCGCCGCCGAGUACGCGUCGGCCUGCGCGGCGCUGCGCGACGACUUCCCCGGCGACGCGCGCGGCGACUCGGACGACCGCGCCUCCACGACGUCGAGCUCGGCGCCGUCGGACAUGGCGCGGUCGCUCUCGAUGCCGGCCUUCGGCCAGGCGGCGAACCAGCCGCGGCGGCGGCCCGUGGCGCGCAAGAACUCGUGGCUCUCCUUCCAGGACGCCUUCCAGGUCGCGCCGCAGGAGGCCGAAUCUGCGCCCAUCAUCGAGGAGGGCGACGAGGAGAACGACGACGCGGCCAUGUUCUUCUAGAGCCCCUCUCCACCGUAUAUAAAACCGACACAUUAUUCACGAGAGUGCUCGUCCGGGGCCUUGGGGGCGCGACCCCCCGUACAUAGUAGAUCCAACCGUGACCGUGACAAAUUAU